AUGAAUACAUGGGAUUCGAGAAUCUAUGCAAGUAUAACGUUUCAAAUUAGAUUGAAGACUUUUGGGUUGAAGUUGAAGUUGGGUUAUGGAAGUCAAUUGUUGAUACAACGUUGUUUUGUUGAAAGUGUUUUUAAACUGUGUCUUUUGCUUCAAGCAUCGAUUCUCUCUAUCGCACACAAUACUUGUGAAUUUUGUUUUAGGGUUUUGUUGGCGUAUAAUUCAAGUUUAAUAACUUCCGAUUUCAGUGAUUCUCCUAACAAGAUGUCCUCCGGACGCUCUCGUGGUCGAGGCAAUCAGUUUCCCGCUGGUAAAUCAACCGGUAGGUGGAAACAAACGAAUGCUGGUCCUCCGUUUGAGUUGAAACCGAAGAUAAAGGUUGCAUUAGAUGAUUCUUGUGGUGGUGCUUCCAGUUAUCAGAAGGAUGAUUCUUCACUUAGUGCCGAAUGUACUUCAGAGAAAAUGUCCAAUUCAGUUCCUAAACCAGAUUUAACUCCUCAAUUACAAGAGGAAUCUUCAUCCCAUCCUGUCAAAAAUCCAUCUUCUGGUAUACAGUCAGAGAAUUCAAAGCCAAUCGCACAUUCGUGUCACAAAGCAGAUAAUGAUUCAACACAACCAAAAUCUGUAUCCACCUUUGAUUCUAAUUCAAAGAAUUCAAAUCACACGUAUCCAAUCCCAUCAAAAAGCCAGAAAGGAAUGGAAUCACACGAUGGAAUUGCUGAGAAGGGAAAGCAAAUUGGAGAUAAAGGUGGAAAACCAGAGGAUACUAUUACUAACCAUGUUUCUUCUAUAACACGAUUUGACAUCUGUCCAAAGAAGGUUAAAACUGGAGCUGUAAAGCUAAAACCUUCACUACUUUCAACAAACAAAGAAAAAAGAAAUCAAUCUAAACGCGAAGCAGAAGGGCCAAAAAUCAAUAUAUUGAGGUCUGGAAUGGUACUCUUGAAAGGCUAUAUUUCUUCCAAUGAUCAGGUGAAAAUAGUAAACACUUGCAGGGGGUUAGGUAUAGGAGAAGGAGGUUUUUACCAACCUGGGUAUCAAGAUGGAGCAAAACUACAUUUAAAAAUGAUGUGUCUUGGAAGGAAUUGGGAUCCUCAGAGUAAUGGAUACAUUGAUACAAGACCAAUUGAUAAUUCAAAGCCUCCAGAAAUUCCUGAAUUUUUUCAUGAUAUGGUGAAAAGAGCAUUACAAGAUUCAAAUGCUCAUAUUCAAAAAAACAAAGGAAAAAUCAUUCCUUUCAUGUUACCUGAUAUCUGCAUUGUCAAUUUCUACACAAAAACCGGAAAGCUUGGUCUUCAUCAGGACAAAGAUGAAAGCAGAGAGAGUUUGAAUGAAGGGUUACCUGUUGUGUCAUUUUCAGUAGGGGAAACUGCAGAGUUUUUAUAUGGAAAUGAUAGGGAUGUUGAGAAAGCAGAAAGGGUAAAUUUGGAAUCUGGAGAUGUUUUGAUAUUUGGAGGGGAAUCAAGACAUGUAUUUCAUGGCGUCCCUUGUAUUUUUCCUGAUACUGCUCCUAAAUCGCUUCUUGAAGCAACAAAUAUGCUCCCAGGUCGAUUGAAUCUUACUUUUAGACAGUAUUAAAAUCUUUAAUCUGGAUGUGUUUUGUUACAAUGUUUGUUUUUGGUGAAUGAAUGGAUUUUGGAUUGUUUGGAGGUUAGUUUUUGUUAAUUUUGUUAAACCAACGGGUGUUUGAUAUGCCUCUUACUAGGUUUAAUAAGAGGCUGCGUCUGACUCGGUCAGAUUUAGAUUCAGACUGUUUGAUACCACACCGCACAUCGACAAUCCGAUUCUUUUUUAUUUUUAUUUUUUUGUCUAUUGCAUAUUGGUGGCUAAGGUGCUAUUUGUUUUUUCGAAGCGAAAAUUCAUGAAUUCUGCGGAUCACCUUUGCAAUCCUAUGUAGCAGAAUAGGUGGAACAAACGACUGCAGCCUAUAAUAAGAAGCAUGUUUGUUUUUUAUUAUCUGCAGAUUGCUGAAUUAAACUAAAAUUUAAAUAAACUAAUUUUAUAAACUGAAA